AUGGACGCUGCACCAGCGCUUUCUACGCAUCAGGAUGAGGCCACGUUCCAGUUUGAUAAGGUCUCAACCAAGAAAAAGCUAAGGAACCACUUGGAAGUUGGUGAUAAUGUAGAAUACAGCGAAUUAGUAGCUGCCAUUCGAGAUUACUACAGUCUAGAUCAAGUAGAAGAAUACCUUCUGGCUACUAACCACCAAAAUUAUCUCUUCAAACAUAUAACUUUGCAGUUCCCUGAUGAGCUUUUAAUGGACGCCGCUACGGUGGUGCAUGAAUUACAGCGAAAUUUGUCACAAAUACAAGUUAUGAACACAAUUGCAAAAAACGAUGAACCCAUGGAAAAUUGUCAAGAAAAGAGUUGUGGAUGCCGUGGCAAUCUGGUUGAUACUACUAAUGGCCAGAGGCUCUGGAUACUAGCCGACACGUCGUACUCGCCUUGUUGCAUUGACGAAGUGGCUGCUGAACAUGCGAACAGCGAUUUGGUGGUUCAUUUUGGUGAUGCCUGUCUCAACCCUGUGGACAAAGUGAGAGCUGCAUACGUUCUAGGGAAGCCCAAGUUUGACGCUGGAUCAUUUCGAGAAAAAUUCAAGGAGAAAUUUAUCGACUCCAAUGCCAAAGUUGUAGUUAUGGCUGAUGCCCCAUUUACUCGAUAUCUCAGACAAUUUUAUGACGACUUCAAAUCGUUGUAUCCGAAUCUAGUGAUUGCUGAGCUCUACCAGGAAGCAGGAUCGUUACAUGAUAUUAUCGAUUACAAGCCAAUGAAAUCUUCUGGAUUGCAAACUUUAAACAGAACUUUUGAAGGUGGGUUGAACCUGCUUGAAGACUUAAAAGACUACAGUCUACUCCACAUAACAAGACCACACGACCCCAGACUACUUCAGCUUACCACCAGAUUCUCCCUGGUGUCCAUAUAUGACCCCUUCACGAAAGAAAUCGUUGAUGGUCCCUACCCCAAUUUAAUGAGAAGAUAUCGCUACAUGCAUAUGGCCAGAUCUGCCGGAACCAUUGGUAUUCUUGUUAAUACCCUUUCGUUGAGCAACACCAAGACGCUCUUGAAUGCCAUUCUGUCCAAAAUACGAGAAGCUGGCAAAAAGUACUACAUGUUUGUGGUUGGAAAGCCCAAUGUGGCCAAGCUUGCCAACUUUGAGAACGUUGAACUUUGGUGUGUUCUUGGCUGUGACCACCAGGGAAUCAUUAUAGACCAACUGAACGAGUACUUCAAACCGAUAAUAACUCCGUACGAGUUGAUUUUGGCAUUAAAUGACGAGGUGGAAUGGACAGGACAAUGGGUAACCGAGUUCAAUACCGUUCUUGAUCAACUUCAAAACGACGAAACCCUACAAGAGAACAAAGAUGGGGACGAAAGUGACGAAGAACCUGUUUUCGAUCCCGUUACCGGAACUUUUGUAAGCACUUCGAAACCUCUCAGAAGAAUUGAGCAUUUGAGAGUUACCAUGAAUGGUGAGAAAAACGAGCCACUGAAUAAUAGUUUAGUGGAGCGGUUUUCCAACACCGUUGCUAUCAAGGGCACGGUAUCGACGUCUGCCAUGCACUUGCAAAACCGCGAGUGGACGGGUCUUGGCAGUGAUUUCGUAGACGACGAAGAAGGUGCCAUUGUUGAAGAAGGUAGAGGAGGAAUUGCCCGAGGCUACGACUACGAUCGAGAAGUACAUAAAUAG